UGUUUGAAUCAGCCACACUGCCUCCCGUUACCAUGGCGCAUCCAUGAGGAAGGAAAGGGGGGACUCGAUUAUUCCAGCUCCAUUUUACCUUUGCAGUUAUGUCUCGGUCUGUCGGCUUUUUUUCGCCAUGUCAGAGCUCUCUGCUUUCCUUUUCUUGUCAAUGCUGUUGAUUUUCAACGAGCAUGGGCUGGUGAUGAGGGUGGAGAGUGGUAGGGCCGCUGCCAGCCCUGGUAAUAACACGAGAAACAACAAUAUCGACACCUUCACCGCUCAGGAGCAGCCGAACAACGACCAGCAACGCCAUCGCCAGAGUCAAGUGCAGAUGGCAUCAGUAUCAACACCAGGAUCUCUCUUUACGUUAAAAGUUCAAGUCAAUGAUCUUGUGAGCCGCCAGUACCUUAGGCAAGCUGCUGUUGAAGUGUUUGUGAACUACACUAGGACCAAUUCCGCAUAUACAGAGGAAAAUGGGGCGGUGUUAUUGAAAGUACCAUACAAAUUGGGAUUAACUUUAACAAUUGUGGCACGUGUGGAUGGCUAUGUGUUAACACCAUUACCCUGGAAAACAGCAAAGAUGCCAAUAUUUUCCUCUGUGACCCUUUCGCUGUUUCCACAAAACCAAGGCAAUAUCUGGCUGUUUGAAGAUUCAGUUCUGAUAACUGGAAAAAUAUCAGAUGCAAAGUUACAGCCCAGCAUUCAGUUUCCGAAGAAUUUACUAAAACUGCCAGACCGCUCCAAUGUCUCAAGCGUGAUUGCCUACCUAACACUGCCUCAGCUACCUACUGAAAAGGAUUUUCCUCUUUACACAAUGGGGAUUCUCAUCAACAGAUCAGGUUACAAGAGUAUCGAAAUUACCCCUGUGGCUGCAGUUAGUGUCCAUCUCUUCUCCAGUGGCAAAGAGGUCAAAGUCACCGGUCCAAUUCAGAUCAUGCUGCCUUUACCAGAGAAUACUAAAGUGAAACCUGCAGAUGCUGUGGCUGCGUGGGCAUUCGAUUCACAAACAGGUUCCUGGGUUAAUAGAGGACUGGGGAUGGUGAAGCAGGACGAGGAUCGUGUUGUUUGGUCAUAUGUAGCUCCUCACCUUGGUUAUUGGAUAGCUGCACCUUUACCUACAGGAGAAGGUAUUGUUGGACGUACAACAAUUUUGAUGGACUUUACCUCUUACCACACUCACCUUCUCAUGGCUAUUCUGGGAGGAACUGUUGUAAUUGUUUUUGGAUUUUUUACUGUGCUUUGUUGCUUUUGUAGGGAUAGAGUUUGUGAGCCACAGAAGAAUGAACGAGAUGUCAGUAAAAUGGAGGUUUUAAGGAAAGACCAGACCACUUCAACUAAUGGAAACCAGUCCAUUUCCUUUAAGGAAUCAGCCAGACAUAAUGAUAAAUCGUCCAACACGCCCAUGAUGUCUUCCAGGGAUGCUUCUCGUAGAGAUGAAUCUGCAUCUACAAGACAGAAAGGGAACUUUAACAUCUACGUUGAUGAUGUUGGGCUUCCAUCUGCAAAACACUAUAAUGAAAGUCAAGGCAACUCUGCCACUCAGCUUGAAAGCUGCAGAUCUCAACACCAGCCAACCUAUGUUAACAGCAGUGAGACUGUGAGGUCUAAAGAAAUGACAGAGCAGCAAAGAGUACAUCUUGAUCUGAAAGAAAACGUACAUGGAAUUAGCCAUUUUCCAGAAAGAUUAGUGCACAUUUAUAACCAACCAGUAGCCAUUCUGCAGGCUCCAGAUCUCUUUAGCACCCCUGAGCAGCUAUCAGGUUGCAAGUCUGCUACUUUACCAAGAAAGGGACAGCUGGUGUACAACCCACUGAUGGAACCCAUGAGCAAAGACAGCUACACACAAACACUACCCAAAAUGCCGCUGCUUUCACAUCUACAGCCAGAGACCUGCAGGCAACAGGAGGUCCCUAAGGAUCCACAGAGUUUAGCCUCCAACCCAGAGACCUGGGCCAGAUAUAGCAGCAGCCUACUGGAGUCUGUGUCUGUUCCGGGGACAUUGAAUGAAGCCGUGAGCAUGAGUCCAUUCUGCAGUGAACUUCAAGGCAUUUCAGAGCAAACUUUGCUGGAGCUGACCAAAGGCAAACCCUCCCCACACCCAAGAGCAUGGUUUGUUUCACUGGAAGGAAAACCCAUUGCCCAAGUGCGGCAUUCAUUCAUUGAUCUUCAGAAAAAGAAGAAACCUACUAAUAGCAAUGACACCAGCCUGGACUCUGGGGUGGACAUGAACGAACAUCAUCCCAGCAGAAAACUGGAAAGGGAGAAGACCUUUAUUAAGGGUAUGCCUCACAGCAAAAUCCUCUACACAGAGGACUUUGAUUUGAGCAGCAGUGAGAGUGGCACAACUGCAGCCUGCACCCCUGAAGAUCCAUUAUUAAGACACAUACUGGACAGUGGGAGUGGACAGAUUGGGGAGGGACAGCCAGAGGGAGAACAGGUAGAGGCAACAAGUGUCCAAGAAGAGAGCAAGACGCAGUCAACAAAAAGACUGAGAAGGAACAAAGGGAAAUCGGACAGCAAAUCAAGUGGAUUGACAAAAAGGGAGGAAAGGCCUCCUAUGUCUUUAAACUAGACAUUUUCUAAACAGGUCAGGUCAGGGUGAUGGUAAAAACAUAAGUAUCCCAGUAUUUGGUAAUGAACAUUGUCUAUUUCAGUUGUUUCUGAAUGUGCGCUUUUACUUUUAACACAAGCAUAUUUUAGUGUUGUCACCUGACUCCAUCAACAAGAGGAUUUAUACUUUUAAUGUUUAAAAAUAUACAGUAAUUCUUCUAGGUCUCCUUUGGAAACAUGAAAACCUUUUGAACAAAGCAGCAUUGAAAAGGGAAACAUCUGUAUAGGUUCCAGCCUGUCUCUGUAAAUGGUUCAUUUGAUUGGCUUCUGCCAGUUCUUGAAACAGUACAGCUGUAUCUGUAUGCUGGGGCACUCUUCACUUCAUGGUAUGUCCCAAUGGUUACAGGAAGAUGGUAAUGUUUAAUGGCCCUUGGUGUAAAUUUGCUCUGUCAAAUAACUCAAAUACUUGUAAUGAGCAGGAUGCAUUUACAACAAGCCUACUGAAGAACUUGGAUGUAAAUAUUGAAUCUGGUGGAAACGAACCUGCUUUGUUUUCAUUAAAUUAUAUAUAUGCACAGUUUUAUUUAGAGAAAUGUACAGGAGUUAGUGGUACUUUUUGUUCUGUGGUACCUCUUUUAUUAUUGCUUCCGAGCUAUAGUAUUUAAAACACAUUAAAAAGGCUUGUGUCAGUUUAAUAUGUAGGCUAACACUUCUAUUUACCUUGCUUUUGGCAAUCAGUACAUAUGUAAUACAGUUUGGAAAAUAUAUUUAAGAAAAAUAACUUCUAUUUUAUUAUAAAUUAUUGAUCCCUACAGUAAAUAAAUAUUUGACCCCUACACGUUUAUAGAAUGGCCAAAAGCUGAAGACUACAAUACAAACUUCCACUUAAAACAAGCAAUCUUUGUAAAUGUGUGUGGUAUAUUUCUAUCUUUUGGUCUGUAACUAAAAUAAAAUGAAUCGGCAUAUAAAUACAAUAGACUACAGAUGUUGCUAAUGGUGCAUAUUAGAAUGACUGAAAGAUCCAAGUUCACACUAACCAUAACAAAUGGUUUUGGUCAUAAAAAUUAUAAACCAGUAAGAAUUGGCACCUAAUUUUGCAGUUGUAUGGUCAUAUACUGUAUAUAUCCUUUAUUUAAAAGCAAAAUAUCUGUACCUGAUUGUUGCAUAGGCUAGCUUUUGUGCUUCCAGGUUUGUACAUGUCAAACUAGUAUUGACCAAGUACUAUUUUAUGUUUUGCCACCUUUGCUAUUUUAAACAAUAUUUUAUGGGACACUGGUAAUUAUUUACCAAUAAAAUAUCACUGAAACAGUAGAACACCCAACCUGUUCUGUAUGUCUUAGUAGUCCUGUCAAUUUUUGUGAAUGCACAUUUGCUUUCGAAACUUCUGCAUGUAUUAAACUGGCUUUAGAUUAGAUCAGACUUUUUUUCUUGCAAAAGUUUAUUUUAUUUUUUUCUUUUGCAGCUUAUUUAUUUUGUUUUGUGUCCUGUUGGGUCUAAUUUAAUGAUCUGAACAGUAGUGUGAUUUCUUGACCUCCUCAUUAGCAUUACCACACUAAUAAUAUGUAAAAUUAAGGAAAAUGCAGAAGUCAGAAAAUCAGAAGUUUCACUACCAUCCAUGGUGCGUUAGGUUUUGAUAUGUGUGUCUGUUAAAAGGUUAAUUCAUACUAGGUACUGUAUAAUGUAUUUGUCACUGAGGACAUGAUCUCUUCACUGCAAUCAUUUCAAGUGUGUUCCCUUUGUUAAUUACACAUUUUAUUCCAAAAAUCGUCCUACUUCUUUUAAGCAACACAUUUUGUGUGAUGUAGUUUUUACUUCAUUUACACUUACUGUAGACAUCCCUGUUUCAUUUUUGGGGUAAAUCUUGUAAAGAAAAUUCAUCUUUUUAUAUAAAUGUUUUAUUGCAAUUGGAAACGUUCGAAAUUCAAGUAGUGAUUUUUUUUUUUUUUUUUGUUCCUGUAACUAAUUUUGAAGAUGGAUUAAGCAAGGUGUCUUAUCUAUUACUGUUUCCCUAAUUUGUGUAUAUUUAAACAUUAUUUUGAAUGAAUACACAGGUAUAAUUGUUAAAAGCACAAGCCUUUGCAGAAUUUGUUCAGCUAUAGACAGGUGUGGCAGUAACCCCUGAUGAGAUACAGUUUAAAUAGCAAAGGAAAAUACACAAAUGACCAUUUGUCAAUGCCAUAGGUUUUAAUGUCCGCUGUACUGCGAAAUGAAAUUUUCCUGCACAAACCUACAGAAGCUGUAUAAUACAGGGUAAGCCCAAACUUGCCUUGCGCUUCUAGGAAUAGUCUGACAAGAAGUGACAUUUCUGGUUAGAUUUUCUUUUUUCUUAAUAUGUAUAUAAUAAAAAAGGUGAGUCAUUUGUGUAGUCAUCUAGAUAUGUAGAUUUUAUUUUAAAAUUUAAAUUUUAAAUUAAAUUUAAAGACCCCUUUCUAAGGGAUAUGGUAAUAUUUACAUUUGAAGGAAAACAAGGUUUCAAUGAUGCAUGGUUGCAUGUCUGUCAUAUACUUAUUCCAUUCAAGGUUUCAAUUAUAUGGAAUUUACUGUUUUUGUUCAGUGUUUUAUACAAAAAAAUAAAUGUUCUGCCUUUUGUGUACUGUUUUAAAGUUUAAUAUAAACAAAACCAGU